AUGGCAAGACUUACUGAUGAUGCCGACUACGAUGCCGGCGAAACAUCUGGGAAUGUACCAAAUCUACGGUCCGACUCUGGAAAUGCUCAUGCGUACUAUGUAUUCCGGACAAGAUGCGUUCCUCUAGGCCUUCCUGCUAAUAUGACCAAGUUGCAAGACCAAGGUCAAACCACUUCUACGAAACUGGAUUGUCGCGAAGUCAAGAUUGGUGGAUUGCGCAAGGAUUUCACGACAUCGAUGGACCUUUGA